GCCACCAUGUCGGCGAAAGAAAGACCAAAAGGAAAGGUGACGAAAGACAGCGUUACCUUGCUGCCUUGCUUCUAUUUUGUUGAGCUGCCCAUCCUGGUGUCGUCGGUGGUGAGCCUGUAUUUCCUGGAGCUGACGGACAUGUUCAAGCCAGUUCGCUCGGGCUUCAGCUGCAACGACCGCAGCCUGAGUCUCCCCUACAUCGAGCCCACGCACGAGGCUGUGCCCUUCCUCAUGCUGCUCAGCCUGGCCUUCGCUGCGCCCGCCAUCACGAUAAUGAUCGGAGAGGGGAUUCUGUUCUGCUGCCUAUCCAGGAGGCACAAUGGGGCCGGAGCCGAGGCCGACAUCAACGCCGCCGGCUGCAACUUCAACUCCUACAUACGCCGGGCCGUCAGGUUUGUGGGUGUCCAUGUUUUUGGCCUCUGUGCCACCGCCCUCAUCACUGACAUCAUCCAGUUGGCCACAGGCUACCACGCCCCGUACUUCCUGACUGUGUGCAAGCCCAACUACACCAGCCUCAACUUCUCCUGCGACGAGAACGCCUACAUCAUGGACGACAUCUGCUCCGGAGCCGACCCUGCCGUCAUCAACUCUGGCAGAAAAUCUUUCCCCUCCCAGCAUGCUACUUUGGCAUCCUUCGCCGCCGUCUACAUCUCGAUGUACUUUAACAGCACGCUGACCGACUCAUCUAAACUGCUGAAGCCUCUGCUGGUGUUCUCCUUCAUCAUCUGCGCCAUCAUCUGUGGCCUGACUCGCAUCAUCCAAUACAAGAACCACGCCAUCGACGUCUACCUGGGUUUCAUCCUCGGAGGAGGGAUAGCGGUAUACCUGGGUCUGUAUGCUGUGGGGAACUUCCAGCCCAGCGAGGAUGAGUCCCGCUCCCAAACGCCGCUCCGAGGCCCCCCCAGGACCCUCCACAGCAACGACGGCGGCAUGUCCACGUCACACUCGGAGGGCGCGCUGCACCGCAACCACCACGGCGGCCCCCCGCACGGGCCCGGCUCCAUGGGCAGCCUGAAGCGAUCCAGCGCCGACGUGGAGGUGAUCUCGCCCAUCAGCGCCCUCGGCAAGGACAGCCUGGUGACCUUCAGCAACACGCUGCCCCGCGCCCACGUGGGCACCGGCGAGGAGGUGUCGCGGCGCACGGCCACCUACCACGCCUCCAUGGACUCCAGCCGCUCCAAGCAGCUGCUGUCCCAGUGGAAGAGCAAGAACGAGAGCCGCAAGAUGUCGCUGCAGACCAUGGAAGCGCCGGGCGGGUGCGGACCCUCGCCCUCGCGCAGUAUGGACGGCCGCUGCAGCUCCGAGCCCUCGCCGCAGGCCCUCAACGGCGAACUCCAGCUGCACCAGGGCCCCGCCGCGCAGUACCUCAAGAUGGCCACCGGCAGCAACACGCUGCCCACCAAUCCCAGCGGGAUCACGGGCGGCGCACGCGUCUCCAUGCAGUCCCGGCCGGGCUCCUCGCAGUUGGUCCACAUCCCUGAGGAGACGCAGGAGAACGCCUGCGGCUCGCCCACCUCCAGCGCCGCCGCCCGCGCAAAGUGGCAGAAGGCGGCGGAGAUGGGCGUCGCCGUCAUUAGGACUAACGGGCAGCCGCGUAUCAUGCAGGUGAUCGCCAUGUCCAAGCAACAGGGCCUGCUCCACUCCAACUCGCAGAGCUCCGACAGCAGCGGGAACUCCUUCCGCUACAAGACCCUGCAGGAGCACUGCCAGGGGACCAUCAUCCGGGUGGAGGCCCACCCAGAGGACACGCGGUCCACGAUGCAGGCCCCCUGCCCGGAUGGCAGCAUGAGUGGCCCUGGGAGCGGAUCGUGGACAUGGAAGUCCCAGGGCAGCCUGCGGCAGUCCUUCGAGCUCAACGACCUCAACAGGGACUCGGGCAGCUCGGAAUCGCUGCGGGACGGCUACGGCUCAGCCGACCGUGACCACCACUACCCCCAUCCCCACCCGCACCUCCAUCAGGGCAUCUCCACCAUCCGGGUCACCCCGCUGGAGGGCAGCGGGGACGGGGGCCUGAGUGGCUCGGAGAGCCUGUCGGUGGCCUCCAGCCGGGACUCCACGCUCCGCAGGAAAGGCAAGCUCAUCCUCAUCCCCGAGAGGAGCAACAGCCCCGAUAACGCCCGGAACAUUUUCUACAAGGGGACUUCCUCCACGCCAGUUCCCAGGGAGUAGGACAUUGCUCCCAAAGAAUUUGCGUGGCAUUUAGUUGUUGUUGUUUUGUUUUGUUUUUCUUGUUUUGAAAAAGCAGAUUUGCUGCUGGGAUUGACAGAGAACCCCCCCCCCCCCAAACAUCUGAAGGAUGAGGAAUCAGCUCUUUGCAUUCAUGUGAAGCCUCAAGCUGCUGGUAGGAUUAGCUUCACAACUGUAUUCACGUUUAGGUAUAGUUAUAAUUUUGUUAUGUGCAUGUUUUUUUUGGUCAUUUAUAAAUAUAUAUAUAUA